CACGAUUUUUUUUCUUUUUAAUUUACAGAAGAGCUAUUUAAGGAAGGCAACAUGCCUUGGAGAUCAAGACUUUCGAAGAGCCCGAUCUAACACAAAACAUCACGCAGCUGAAGUGGGAAAAGCUAAACACAUACAUUUACUGAGCAACCAUGAGGUUCUUUUUCGCCGUCGCCAUCGGCAUACUUGCCAUACAAGUUGUCAACUCAGCUUCCAUAUUUCGGGCUGAUGAGCACGCUGGCAACCACCCAACCCCACCAGUCAAACGCGCUGAUGAGCACGCUGGCAACCACCCAACCCCACCAGUGAAACGCGCUGAUGAGCACGCUGGCAACCAUCCAACCCCACCAGUCAAACGCGCUGAUGAGCACGCUGGCAACCACCCAACCCCACCAGUCAAACGCGCUGAUGAGCACGCUGGCAACCAUCCAACCCCACCAGUGAAACGCGCUGAUGAGCACGCUGGCAACCACCCAACCCCACCAGUCAAACGCGCUGAUGAGCACGCUGGCAACCACCCAACCCCACCAGUGAAACGCGCUGAUGAGCACGCUGGCAACCACCCAACCCCACCAGUCAAACGCGUUGAUGAGCACGCUGGCAACCACCCAACCCCACCAGUGAAACGCGCUGAUGAGCACGCUGGCAACCACCCAACCCCACCAGUGAAACGCGCUGAUGAGCACGCUGGCAACCACCCAACCCCACCAGUCAAACGCGCUGAUGAGCACGCUGGCAACCACCCAACCCCACCAGUCAAACGCGCUGAUGAGCACGCUGGCAACCACCCAACCCCACCAGUCAAACGCGCUGAUGAGCACGCUGGCAACCAUCCAACCCCACCAGUGAAACGCGCUGAUGAGCACGCUGGCAACCAUCCAACCCCACCAGUCAAACGCGCUGAUGAGCACGCUGGCAACCACCCAACCCCACCAGUCAAACGCGCUGAUGAGCACGCUGGCAACCACCCAACCCCACCAGUCAAACGCGCUGAUGAGCACGCUGGCAACCACCCAACCCCACCAGUGAAACGCGCUGAUGAGCACGCUGGCAACCACCCAACCCCACCAGUCAAACGCGCUGAUGAGCACGCUGGCAACCAUCCAACCCCACCAGUGAAACGCGCUGAUGAGCACGCUGGCAACCAUCCAACCCCACCAGUCAAACGCGCUGAUGAGCACGCUGGCAACCACCCAACCCCACCAGUCAAACGCGCUGAUGAGCACGCCGGCAACCACCCAACCCCACCAGUGAAACGCGCUGAUGAGCACGCUGGCAACCACCCAACCCCACCAGUGAAACGCGCUGAUGAGCACGCUGGCAACCACCCAACCCCACCAGUCAAACGCGCUGAUGAGCACGCUGGCAACCACCCAACCCCACCAGUCAAACGCGCUGAUGAGCACGCUGGCAACCACCCAACCCCACCAGUCAAACGCGCUGAUGAGCACGCUGGCAACCAUCCAACCCCACCAGUGAAACGCGCUGAUGAGCACGCUGGCAACCAUCCAACCCCACCAGUCAAACGCGCUGAUGAGCACGCCGGCAACCACCCAACCCCACCAGUGAAACGCGCUGAUGAGCACGCUGGCAACCACCCAACCCCACCAGUCAAACGCGCUGAUGAGCACGCUGGCAACCAUCCAACCCCACCAGUCAAACGCGCUGAUGAGCACGCUGGCAACCACCCAACCCCACCAGUCAAACGCGCUGAUGAGCACGCUGGCAACCACCCAACCCCACCAGUCAAACGCGCUGAUGAGCACGCUGGCAACCACCCAACCCCACCAGUCAAACGCGCUGAUGAGCACGCUGGCAACCACCCAACCCCACCAGUCAAACGCGCUGAUGAGCACGCUGGCAACCACCCAACCCCACCAGUCAAACGCGCUGAUGAGCACGCUGGCAACCACCCAACCCCACCAGUCAAACGCGCUGAUGAGCACGCUGGCAACCACCCAACCCCACCAGUGAAACGCGCUGAUGAGCACGCUGGCAACCACCCAACCCCACCAGUCAAACGCGCUGAUGAGCACGCUGGCAAUCACCCAACCCCACCAGUCAAACGCGCUGAUGAGCACGCUGGCAACCACCCAACCCCACCCGCAUUUUAAUCAUAACACUGCUGCAUAAAUGAAAUAAAAUCUUU